AUGUUUAACAGAAGAUUUGCCAAGCUAGUGAAGCUUGUUUUGAUCACUGUCUCGAUUGUUGGUGGACUAUACUAUUUAUCUGGCUUCAUCGAUGGGGACACAUCAACCGCUCUAGGGAACAGGUUGUCCCAAGAAUACAUGGAUUCCUUUUGGAAAACUUAUGAUAGUUCCAAGUCAAGUUAUGGGUCUUCUCUUUUGGGUGGAAGUGGAGAGAAAGGAGAGACAGAUUUCAGAAGUCCCGAAGCAAAACUGAAGAUCAAAGAUUUUUAUAAGACUGUAUUCGAGCACAUCCUUGAUUAUUCACCAGCAGGCAAGACAGCCAGAGAGUUUGACGAUAGUUGUUUUGAUAGUGGUGACAUCAGCACUAGACCUGAUUCUUACAAGAACUGGAAGAAGCUAUCUUAUCAUCAAUUGUCUCAUUGUAUGAAGAUAUCUCCAAGUGAAAUUAAUCAUUUGAGAGGUAACCAUAAGUCGUAUGUUGACAAGAUCAACGAACUCGUCCUUCCAAAGGGAUCUUACAAAGGCGAAGGUAUUGUUACUGUUGGUGGUGGUAAAUUCACAUUAAUGGCUUUGACUAUGAUAAAGGCCCUGAGAACACUGGGUACCACAUUACCUGUUGAAGUUUUUAUCCCACCUGAUGAAGGUGAAAGUACAUUCUGUGAAUCUGUACUACCACAAUAUAAUGCUAAAUGUAUUUAUAUUUCCGAUAUUUUGCCAGAUGAUAUGAUACAGAAAUUUACUUUCAAAGGCUACCAGUUUAAAUCAUUGGCUAUGAUCACUUCAAGCUUUGAGAACUUAUUACUACUAGAUGCUGAUAACAUCCCAGUUAAGAAGAUUGAUCACAUUUUUGAAUCUCAGAUAUUUAGGUCAGCUGGUUUGAUUUUAUGGCCAGAUUUUUGGAGAAGAACUACAAUGCCUGCAUACUACGAGAUUGCUAAUCUACCUUAUAACCAAAACAAGCGUGUACGUAAUGCCUUUGAUGACAUUACUCCACCCGAAGUCUAUACUAAACCCGAUGGUGACCUAUCUGAAGUUCCAUUCCAUGAUAUGGAAGGAACUUUGCCUGACCCAUCUACUGAAUCUGGACAGUUGUUGAUCAGUAAGGCCAAGCAUUUACCUACACUAUUAUUAUCUCUUUAUUAUAACGUUAAUGGUCCAAAUUGGUAUUACCCUAUCUUUUCUCAACGUACUGCUGGUGAAGGUGAUAAAGAAACAUUUAUCUCAGCAGCCAGCUUUUAUUCUUUGUCAUACUAUCAAGUGAAGACGAGUGUUGGUGUUGAUGGUUACUUCCGUCAUGAUGGAUCUGGUUACCGUGGUGUAGGAAUGUUGCAACAUGAUUUCAUUCAGGACUCUAAGCAAUAUAUGGAAGCUUUUGAAUACAGCAAUACAAAAUACAAUAAUCUAAGGUCAGAAAAAGGUUCUAUUUCUUAUGACCCAAGCUAUGAUCCUAAUGAAUUCUUUGACAAAUUUUUCUCCAGGAAGAAGCCUGAUGGUGGUGAUGAAUCAAAAGCCGAUGUUAUGUUUGUCCAUUGUAACCUACCUAAAUUUGACCCAUAUGUUUCUUGGGAUACUAAUGAUUUGGUUUAUCAAACCAAACACUUCCGCUCAUUUAAUAAUAAGAAGGUCAUCGCCCAAUUUGACAUUGAGCUAGAGAACUUCAAAUUUUUCAAUGAAACUUUGUGUCCUUACGAGAAUGGUAAAGGCAAAUUCAAGUAUCUGGACAAUAAACUAUCCGAGGAAAGAUGGCCUCAGAUGUGUGAUUACAUCAGUAAGCGUUUGCAAUAUCUGAAAGAAUCUCAUAACGAAGCCUUGGGCCUGGAAAAAGCUACAGAGGCUUGA